AUGGCAACCACAGGCCCAGCUUACAACUACACCGUCAAGAUGACGUGUGGCGGGUGCUCGGGCGCAAUCGAGCGUGUCCUCAAGAAGAACAUUGAGGCGCCCAACGGCUACACCGUCUCGCUCCCCACCCAGCGCGUCGUCGUGUACGGCCCCUCGCUUCCCCCCUUCGAGACCAUCACCGAGAAGAUUGCCAAGACGGGCAAGGAGAUCCUCUCCAAGGAGGAGAUUGCUGCCGGCGCCCCUGUUCCCCCCGUUGCGUAA